CUCAGGACGUUACUACAGGAACCACUCUGGAUGUUACUCAAGAUGUUGGCAUUAUUGCUCAAGAUGUUAUUGGUGGAACUACUCUAGAUGGUCUUUGCAGAACCGCUCAAGAUGUUAUUAGUAGAACCAAUCAAGAUUUUACAGCUGAAACCACAAUCGAAGAGAUGACUGGAACUUCUAGGAAUGUUAUUGCUGGACUCACUCUGGAUGGUCUUGGUCAAACAACUCAAGAUGUUAUUGCUGGGACAACUCUGGAUGUUAUGACUGGAACCACUCAGGAAGUUGAAACAGGAACCACUCAGGAUUUUAUUUCCCAAGGAAGACUUCCUAAUGUUCUAAAACCAGCUGAAGAUAGUCUAGAUGAUAUAGCAGAACAGAUAUCUUUUACUGAAUGUGAGGAUGUUCUUGUCAGAAAAUCUUUUGAUCGAACAGCUUAUGUUAAAACCCAUGCCACAAAAACCAGUGAUUCUCUUGAAAUAAUGUCUUCUGAUCUAGAUGAUGACGACAAUGAUCCUGACUAUGAGAAUGAUUCUGAUGUUGUGUCUGAUAGUGAUUGUUCAGAUGAAAUUCCAUGCCAGGAUUACAAUAUAAUGACAGUUUUAGGGAGCAAUAAUACAAAUGAUUCUUUAAACAGAACGAGAAAAUCUACCAUAUUGACUGAAAAAGCGUUUGGGUUUCAGAAACGAAGAGGAAUCAAGGAAGGAUGUCAGCGGACCUACGACAAAAUGAAUUAUUGUACCUUUUGUGGAAAAGGUAUUCGGUCCAAAAUGUCACGCCAUUUAUUAACAGUCCAUGGUGAUGAGGUGCGUGUAAGAGGCAUAAGACAUUUACCUAAACGAUCUAAAAGACGUAUGGCUGACUUGGAAAUACUAGCUAAUGAGGGGAAUUUUAAACACAAUGUUGAAGUUAUAAAGAAUCAGAAAGGACAUAUCGUCAUUGCCCGAAGAAGUUUAAAGGAGGAUAUGCAUGAACCAAAAGAUUUUAUUCCAUGUGAAUUUUGCAAAAAAUUCAUUCUUAACAAGAAUUUAUGGCACCAUAGAAGAAACUGUUUAGUUUGGAAAGAGUAUCAUUCUAAAAGUUUAGAAACUGGUGAAAAUGAGCUGUCAAAUUACGCCAGGAGAGGCAGGCAUCUUUUAAAUAGUGCCUUGUUUCAAGAAGAUACAAAUAAACUUGAAGAAUUAUUCACCCGCAUGAAUGAUGACGAAGUGAAAUGCAUAGUAACCGGAGAUAGACUUAUUAAAAGAUUUUUACAAUUAAAGAUGGAAUCGUUAGGAGACAAAGAAGAUCAGAAGAACCAUGAUAUCAAUAGAGUAAGCCAGGGGGGCAGGACUUUAGGAAGAUUAGUCCUAGAGGCUAGGAAACGAAGACCUGCUGAAAUGUUGUCACUAGAUGGAUUACUUAAACCAGAAUAUUUUGACCUUGUUGUUGAGUGCACCAAGUCCAUGGCCAUGCAUACCGAGAAAGAUAAACCAGCCUUAACAUUGGGUAGACUUGUUGGUAACCUGUUGGGUCAUUCAAUUCAAAUUAAAAUUGGAGAUUCUCUUAGGGAAAACAAUGAAACUAAAAAUCAGGAAGCAAACAACUUCCAUAAAAUAUUUGGAUCUGAAUGGCUUUGCCGUGUCAAUUCAUUUUUCACAAAGAAAAUAAAUUCAGAAAAAAGAAAUAAGCUACAGAUAAUUCCACUCACAGAAGACCUCCAGAAACUUAGAUUAUACAUUCUAGAUCAAAUCAAGGAAGCUAUUUCCAAUUUACAGAGCUCCCCCAAACAAACUAACUGGACAAGGUUAGCACAACUGACCCUGGCACGGCUUAUACUAUUCAACAAACGCAGGACAGCAGAGGUAACUGAAUUGAAAAUGUCAGAUUAUGAAGGAAGGCCAAGAUGGAGUGAGGAUACCAACAGGGAAAUAGACCUAACAUUGUCAGAAUGUGAUAAAUUACUUAUGAAAAGAAUGGAUAUGGUAAUUUCUGCUGGAAAAUCCAGGAAAAAUGUGAAUGCCUUUGUUUUGAUACCGCCUGAAUGUAAAAGAGCAAUUGAUUUGCUGAUCAGCUCCAGAUCUGCAGUAGGUGUGAGAAGCACUAAUCCUUACAUCUUUUCACGAAUGAACAGCGAUACUCCACUGUCAGGAUAUAUGGAAAUAAAAGAUUUAGCAGAAGCAUGCCCUGGCAUAAAGUACAGCGAAAGAAUAAGUUCAAGAGCAAUCCGCAAAUAUGCUGCAACUGUUUCACAGGUUUUAGAUAUGACGGAUAAAGAAGUGGAAAUUUUAGCGACCCAUCUUGGUCACGACGUAAAAACCCAUAAGGAGUUUUACCGAUUGGCAAACAGUACAAUUGAGCUUUCGAAGGUAUCCCAAAUGAUGUUGGCUAUGGAGGCUGGUGAUAUGUAUAAAUUUAAAGGAAAGAAGUUGAAAGAUAUAGAUGUUUCAUACUUGACAAAUUUUGAAGAAGAAGAUAUUGAUAUCAAUGAUGAUGUAGAGGAACUGACAACUAAUACUGGUCCAUCUGAUAUAGCACUAACAAGCAAAACUGAAGUUACCAAAGAAUCCAGUAUAAUUCUGUAUUACACGAAAUGA